GCCUCCACCAAUCGGGCCGCAGCUUCUUGGCGUCCGGCUCCGCCCCUUGCGUCGGAGAAGGACAAAGUCAUUGAGCCGGGGCCACACUCAGCUUCUGCGCUGAGCUGCCGCCCGAGCAGCCGGUCCGCGCGCCGCCGCCGCCAUCUUAGGAGGUCGCCAUGUUCUCGUCCAUCGCGCCGCUCGCGCGGCUCAACCCCUUCUACGCGCCGCACUUGCAGCUGGUCCAGGAUGGCGUGAGGAAGCGCCCGGAGCCCGCUGAGGCGCCCACCACGCGGCGGAGCUUGGCGGCCGCGGCCGCUGCCGAAGAAUACAGUUGUGAAUAUGGCUCGCUCAAGUUUUAUGCUCUCUGUGGCUUUGGUGGGGUCCUAAGUUGUGGCUUGACACACACUGCUGUCGUACCUCUGGAUUUAGUGAAAUGUCGUAUGCAGGUUGACCCACAAAAAUACAAGAGCAUCUUCAAUGGAUUUUCAGUGACAAUCAAAGAAGAUGGUGUUCAUGGUUUGGCUAAGGGAUGGGCUCCAACAUUUAUUGGAUAUUCCAUGCAAGGGCUCUGUAAAUUUGGUUUCUAUGAAGUUUUCAAAAUCCUCUAUGGCAACAUGCUGGGAGAGGAAAAUGCAUAUUUGUGGCGUACAUCACUAUAUUUAGCUGCAUCUGCCAGUGCGGAGUUUUUUGCUGACAUUGCUCUGGCUCCCAUGGAAGCUGCUAAAGUUCGCAUUCAGACACAGCCUGGAUAUGCUAACACUCUGCGGCAAGCUGUACCAAAAAUGUUUGGAGAAGAAGGCAUCUGGGCUUUCUAUAAAGGUGUUGCUCCACUAUGGAUGAGACAGAUUCCAUACACAAUGAUGAAAUUUGCCUGCUUUGAACGUACCGUUGAAGCUCUCUACAAGUAUGUGGUUCCCAAGCCGCGAAGUGAAUGUUCAAAGGCAGAACAGCUGGUAGUCACAUUUAUUGCAGGUUAUAUUGCUGGUGUAUUCUGUGCAAUUGUUUCUCAUCCUGCUGACUCCGUGGUGUCUGUAUUGAACAAGGAAAAGGGCAGUUCUGCUUCACAGGUUCUUGUGAGGCUUGGAUUCAGAGGUGUAUGGAAAGGUCUGUUUGCUCGUAUCAUCAUGAUUGGUACCCUGACUGCACUACAGUGGUUCAUCUAUGAUUCUGUGAAGGUUUAUUUCAGACUUCCUCGUCCACCUCCACCUGAAAUGCCAGAAUCUCUGAAGAAGAAGCUUGGUCUAACUGAAUAAAUAGCUCAUGGACUGACUUUGCUGGCUGUCCCAGUGAUGAGUUUCAUGAAACUUUUAUAUAUUUGACUAUGUAGAAAACAAACUAUCUGAUGUAAUUAUUGGCUGUGCCCUCGUUCCAUCUGAGGAUUUAAAUUCUACCACUGUCAUUGCCUGAAAUAAAUGAGAACCAGAGUG